AUGGAUCUACUUCUACGAGAGGAGGCUGGGAGAGCCCAGGACAUUGCCGAAAUUCUCAGCACGAUCCGGAGCAGCGAUCAAGAUCAUGAGCAGGACAUCACCUUGGCCAUCACGGGAUUGAACGGCUUGAGCUGGGCACUGCGGGAACUCAAUAACCAGAUCGACGCGGUGAGCGGCAAGGUCACCUCGACCUUUGCAGGCGACUUGAAACUCCUCCAGCACAGUGUCGCCUUCACCCUUCAAGACGUAUGGACCAUCCUAGGCAAGUUGCCUCGCGUCCCGGUCGCGGCAGACUACCAAGAUGCCUGGAAAGAAGUCGCCCGAUAUUGCAUGAACAUGGGAAAGCAGACCCUUCACACCCGACUAGAAACAUAUAAACUCUUCACCUACUCGCUAUGCAAGGUUCUCUCAAGGCAAUCCUUCAAUCGACGACACCUCGAGGAUCUGCGACUCGAGAUUUUUGACCUACAAACCCUACAACGCGAAGACAGACGAUUAAUUCAAGCUUCCGAGACCUUUCCUACUCUUUCUGUGGUACCAGUCCACCAAGGUCACUCAGUCCCUUUCGCUAAGCCUCAACGACCCAUGUCGCCGGCAACCUCCCAGGACAGUUAUGAGACAUUCCAACCCCAAGCGGCUCCCAGUCCGCCACCUCUGUCCCCAGUUUCUCCUGCUUCACCCGUCACCACCUUUUCCACUCUCAGUCAAACCUCGAGUGUCGACUCGGAAACCAAUCACUGGGCGACCAAGAUAUUCAAUAAUCUGCCCAGUACUCCUCUGGAUGUGGACCCAAACCCAUCUUGCUGUUUCGGUGAUGUGGAUGCACGCUACCGUAGGCGACCGGAUCCAGAAUAUGAAAGGAUCCUCCAACUAAAAUUCCCGGGCGGACUGAGAACGAAAUUCUAUUGGCGUGCUCGCGAUUACCGCGUCAAACUCGUCUGCGAGUGGCAUGACAAUCGAAAGAACCUUCGAAUGUCUUGCUUUCCUUUGAGUGAAUUACACAUACGUCGCUCUGGGUCAUUGCUGUACCUUUGUUGUCCGACAGUUCGAGGUGCUAGCACUUGUUGGACAAGCCUCAACUUCACUUCGUACGAAUGGCUCGUCAUCUUCCAUUGUACCUUUCUGUCGCUUCGUUCACAUGACAGCACCUCGCAAUUCCGCAACAUCGACCAUGAUCUUGAUGGCGAGAUUCUCCAUUUUGCCGGGGCCAUCCGUGACGGUGGUUACCGGCAUGUCCUACGAUUGUACCGUGACAAGAGGACGGACGCCGUGCGGCUCGAAGCCGCUGUCCUCGACAAAGAAAUGAAAGACACACCCAUCUGGACAGCUUUUAUCACGCACAAAAUCACCUCGCCUAGUUGGUUUCGAUGGCCUAAAAAUAGCUCCACGAUUUAUCUUGCUGAACUUCAACGCCAUGUCUUCUCUUCCGAAUACUCACCCCACGUCCGCGCAAACGGCGAGCAUCUUCUUGACUUUGAAGUUUUCACAGAUGCCGAAGACUUUGUCAAGACGCUCAAAGAUUUGCGCGAGGACAUUCGCAGACCGAAACCGACCAAAAACGUACGAGUCCCGGUGACAUGA